AUGACUAGAUGCAAUGAAAACGAGUAUGAUUUCUUGUUUAAAAUAAUCUUAAUAGGUAAGCUAAUUUAUUAAAAUUAUUAGGAGAUUCUGGAGUUGGUAAAACAAAUAUUUUGUAAAGGUUCGUAAAAAAUGAAUUUAUCUUAGACUCCAAACCAACAAUUGGAGUUGAAUUUUCAACUAAGACAAUUAAUGUUCAAAAUAAAAGUGUUAAAUGCUAGAUUUGGGAUACUGCUGGACAAGAAAGGUAAAAUUUAUGCAAUUUUAGAUAUCGGGCUAUAACAAAUGCCUAUUAUAGAGGAGCAGUGGGAGCUUUUGUUUGUUAUGAUGUAACAAGAGAGGUAACUUUUACAAACAUAGAAAAAUGGCUUAAUGAAAUAAAAGAGUACGCUCCAAAAAAUAUUGUAAUCAUGAUGAUUGGAAAUAAAAUAGACUAAGCAAAUGAUAGAGUAUAUCCUUAUAAUAUUAAUAGAUUGUCAGGAGUGCAGAAGCGGCUAAACUCUGUGAAUAACAUAAAAUUGGGUAUAUUGAAACUUCAGCUUAAAAUGGUCAUAAUGUAGAAGAGGCCUUCUCCAACUUAGUUAGUGGUAAAAAUUAUCUUGAUUAAUAGAAAUCUUUAGUUCAAUGUCCUCCAAAUAAUCGAAAAGUGUUAAAUAGCUGCAAGGAGAUACUUUAGCUUUGGAUGAUGAUUAUAAAAUUAAAUCAACAAAAAAAAAGUCAAAUUGUAAUAAAGAAAAAGAAAAAUGCUGUUAAUGAUAGUAUAUUAUUAUAUUAAAUAUCACUUUCGUAUUAAGAACCAUUAAUGAAAAACCAUUCCGUUUUAUAUAUCCAUGUAAAGUAAUAAUUUUCUUAAUUUUUUAGAUAAUUGAUUCAAAAGUUUGUUCAUAAUGGAAAAUUUCCAGAAAAAAUUAUCUAUUCAGAAAGGUGUUAAUUAAAAGAUGUUGAGAAGCUCAUCUAGGCCUUCAUCACAUUGAUAAAUAGACUUGGCUGAGCCAAA